AUGAAUGGAGGCUUCGUGGUGAUGAGACAGCAGCGGUCUGUUAAGAGGCUGGGGGAUUUGGGCUGGCGGGGGUUUUAUGCUGAGCAUCACAUCUGGUGCAGCCGCCGGGGGGCGCUGCGCCCCGCCGUGUCACCACCACCACCCCCCGCGACCACCAGGGGGCGCCACCGUGCGGGGCAGGUGCGCGGCCGCCCCGCGGCUUCAACACCACCGCCCCGGCCGCCAGGGGGCGCCGCCGCCGCGGGACCGGCGGGGGAAGCGCAGCGGCGGCGGGAGCGGGGCCGGGGCCGGGAGCGGGGCCGGCGGGAAGCGGGGUCCCGGCUCCCGGGUCUCUGGCCAGCGGGGGCCCUGCCCGGCCCGUCUCCGGGAGCCCAGGGACCGUGCUGGGGCUGCUUCCCCGCCACGGCUGCUCCCGUUGCCGCCGCCGCCGCGUCUCCCCGCCCGUGCUUCGAGCUGGGGCGAGGGUGCCGCUGUACCCGGGUGUCCCGUCUCCCCGGGGCUCCUCCGGGGCGGCUCCGGCCGCGGCUCUCACGGUGCCGGCGCGGGGCGGCCGCAGCCGGCGGGCGGGAACCGGCGGCGAAGCCGUCUCCCGGCCGCCCCGGGCGGCCUCGGGGUCCCCGGACGGGGCCGGGCGAGGGAAGCGGGGGAAACCGGGGCAAAACCGGCGAACAGUGCGGCAACCCGCGGCCGUUUCCUCCCUUCUCCCCCCGCUCGCUGGCUCCGCUGCGGGAGCCGGGGCACCGGCCGCUGCCCGUUAGGCGCUGCCCGGAGUUCGGGGCCGUGCCCUGCCUGCGGGCAGCUGCCGGGGUGUCGGUGCGGGCCCUGCCUCUCCCCCCAGACAGCGCGGUGCUGCCCCGACCCCUCCCGGGGCUGGACCCCCCGGCUCUCGGCUGGGGGCUCUUGCCGGGACCCACGGGUGACCGGGGGCAGGCGCCGCGCUGGCUGCUGCCCGCCGGGUUUCCCGGCCGCAGGGCUACGGGAGCUGCCGUGGCUGCCCUGCCUGCCCUGCCUGCGCUGGCAGCCGCGGGGGAGCGGUUCGCUUUCCUCCCCCCCGCCCCGGUGCGGGAUCCCCCACGGGUGCCCGGCUGGGGCCCGGUGACUUUCCCGGCGGCUCUCGGCACCGACUCUCUGGGGUCCCCUCUCGGGGGCAGCAGCUGCAGCUCGGCCUUUGGGGCGGGGGGUCCCCGGCAGCUCCGCGUUUCCACCACGGGAUCGGCCCCAGCUCGAUCGCGCCAGCGGCUCCCGGUCCUGGCUCCCAGCCGUGUCCCCUGGACACUGUCUCAGUCAUUGAGUUCGGCCUGGUGCACGCCAGCCUCCCAGGCUUUGGGGACCAACGCGACCGGAUACCCAACCUCCAGCGGGGGUCCAGGCACCCUGCCCAGCCCCCAGCGCCCUCCCUCCCCCCUGCACCAGCAGCCAACCUGGCCCCUGGGUGCGACCCCAGAAACAGCCGAGGCGGUCUCCGUUCCCGAGCCCGAACACGCAGGACUCGCACCGAGAACGCUGCGGGCAAACCCCGGCUGCCGCUGGGGGCACCGGUCCGGCCGCUCGCUCCGCCCCGCGCGGGCGGCCCCGGGCGAGCGCGACGGCGGGAGACCCUCAGUGCGGAGGCAGCGCGGCGAGCACCCGCCCACGCCCCAGCCCUCGGGGGCUCACGGCGCCCGAGGGGCCGCCCGGUACCGAGACCCACCCGGGGGCGGGAGGAGACCCGAGGCUCGGCCCCCGUCUGCCCCCCGCUAA